AUGGUGACCCCCUGCCCCAGCAGCCCCGCGAGCCCUACCGCCCGGGCGGGGAGGCGCGACAACGACCAGCACCUCCGCGCCCCGGUGAAGAAGAGCAGGCGCCCGCGUCUUCGAAGGAAACAGCCGCUGCAGUCCCUCAGGCCGUGUCAGGUGCCCGGAGACUCUGGCAUUUGCGACCUGUUCGAGUCCCCCAGUUCCGGUUCGGAUGGCGCGGAUAGUCCCGCCGCGUCGGUAGCGCGAGGCUGCAGCCCCCAGCCCGGCCCGGUCCAGCCGUUGGCGCCGCUCGACCUGCAGACCUUCCGCGACUACGGCCAGAGCUGCUACGCCUUCCGCCGGGCGCAGGAGAGUCGCUUCCACCCGCUGGAGUCUCUGGCACGGCAGCCACAAGUGACGCCCGAAUCCCGCUGCAAGCUGCUCAGCUGGCUGAUCCCCGUGCACCGCCAAUUCAGCCUGUCUUUUGAAUCACUGUGCCUCACGGUGAAUAUUCUGGAUCGCUUCCUCGCCACCACGCCAGUAGCUGCAGACUGCUUUCAGCUGCUUGGGGUCACCUCCCUGCUCAUUGCCUGCAAACAGGUGGAGGUGCACCCACCGCGCGUGAAGCAGCUCCUGGCCCUGUGCUGCGGGGCUUUCUCCCAGCAGCAGCUGUGCAACCUGGAGUGCAUCGUACUGCACAAGCUGCACUUCAGCCUGGGCGCACCCACUAUCAGCUUCUUUCUGGAGCACUUCACGCACGCUCGGGUGGAGGCCGGACAGGCCGAAGUCUCGCAAGCUCUGGAAGCGCAAGCUCUGGCACGGGGCGUGGCCGAGCUGAGCCUGGCCAACUACGCCUUCACCAGCUACGCCCCCUCCCUCAUGGCCAUCUGCUGCCUGGCACUGGCCGACAGCAUGUUGCAACUCCGGCACCCCCUGGACCUGCGCCUAGGCGGCCACCCUGAGGCUGUGCUGCAAGACUGCCUGGGCAAGCUGCAACUGUUGGUGGCCAUAAACAGGACCUCUCUGACUCACAUGCUGCCCCUGGAGAUCUGUGAGAAGUGCAGCCUGGCCCCCUGCUCCAAAUAA